CAGUUGAGUUUAUUUAGCCCUUUCCAAAUAUUAACAACCCUUUUUCUAGGUAAGAAAGGUGCUUCUGGCAUUCAGUCUUGGGAGCAGCUGGGCAAGGAUAUGUGUGAAAAAUGAAUUAACUUUCAGGACUGCCUGUGAACUACAGUCCAGAAAGAAGAAACAAUCCCCUUGGUUGAAGUUGAACAUUUUUCUGUAGGAAUAAGAACAAAACCAUGCCAGUGCUUUCAGAAGACUCAGGGUUGCAUGAAACUUUGGCCCUUUUGACAUCUCAGCUAAGACCUGAUUCAAAUCAUAAAGAGGAAAUGGGAUUCCUUAGGGAUGUCUUCAGUGAAAGGAGUCUCAGCUACCUGAUGAAGAUUCAUGAAAAGCUCCGUCAUUAUGAAAGACAGAGUCCAACUCCUGUUUUACACAGUGCAGCAGGAUUAGUUGAAGAUGUAAUAGAAGAGUUGCAGACAGCACCAGUGAAUAAUGAAGAAAAAGAGCUGCUUCAGCUGUUGUCAACACCACAUCUCAGGGCAAUGCUUGUAGUGCAUGACACUGUAGCACAGAAGAACUUUGACCCAGCUCUUCCACCUCUACCUGACAAUUUUGAUGAUGAUUUUGAUGAGGAAUCAGUGAAAAUUGUUCGGCUAGUGAAAAAUAAAGAGCCCUUGGGAGCUACCAUCAGAAGAGAUGAGAACACAGGAGCUGUGGUUGUAGCAAGGAUCAUGAGAGGUGGUGCAGCUGAUCGCAGUGGUCUUGUCCAUGUUGGAGAUGAACUAAGAGAAGUCAAUGGUAUUACUGUGCUUCACAAACGACCAGAAGAAAUAAGUCAGAUUUUGGCUCAGUCUCAAGGGUCAAUAACACUGAAGAUAAUUCCAGCCAUCAAAGAAGAAGAUCGUCUAAAAGACAGCAAGGUGUUUAUGAGGGCACUUUUCUGCUAUAACCCCAAAGAAGACAAAGCCAUUCCUUGCCAGGAAGCCGGGCUGCCGUUCAAGCGACGCCACGUGCUGGAAGUUGUGAGCCAGGAUGAUCCCACGUGGUGGCAAGCCAAGCGUGUUGGGGAUACCAACCUCAGAGCAGGCUUGAUCCCCUCAAAACAGUUCCAAGAAAGACGACUGACUUACAGGAGAACAACAGGCACUCUGCAGAAUACCAGAACUCUGAAGAAACCAUUAUAUGAUCAGUCUUCUGACAAAGAAGACUGUGACUGUGAAGGAUAUUUCAAUGGACACUACAUAGCUGGUUUACGCAGGAGCUUUAGGUUAAGUCGAAAAGAGAAGGAAAACAGUGGCAGUGAAGGCAAGCAAGCAGAGCAGGCAGAUGGAGCAGAGUUCCUCACAUAUGAAGAAGUCACAAAAUAUCAGCAACAGCCUGGUGAACAGCAGAGGCUGGUGGUUUUGAUUGGUUGUCUGGGGGCCAAGUUAAGUGAGCUCAAGCAAAAAGUCGUGUCAGAGAACCCCCAGGAGUAUGGUGUUGCAGUUCCACAUACAACAAGGUCAAGGAAAAGCCAUGAGAGAGAGGGAGUAGAAUACAAUUUUGUUUCUAAGCAAUCAUUUGAGACAGAUGUGCAGCAAAACAAAUUUGUGGAACACGGAGAGUACAAAGAAAAUUUGUAUGGCACAAGUCUGGAGGCAAUCCGGUCUGUGAUGGCCAAGAAGAAGGUUUGUUUGGUGGAUGUGGUACCUGAAGCAGUAAAGCACUUGAGGACUCCUGAGUUUAAGCCUUAUGUUAUCUUUGUGAAGCCUCUCAUUUCAGAAAAGAAAAAACAUGUCUUAAAAUCUCACAUGUCAGAAGAAAUCUCAUCCCCCCUUGAUGAAGAACAGCAGGAAAUUAUAAAUUCAGCAGCAUUCAUUGAAGAGCAGUAUGGCCAUUUAAUUGACACUGUACUGGUGAAAGAAGAUCUCCAGAGUGCAUGUAAUGAGCUGAAAACUGUGUUAGAUAAACUAAACAAGGAUUCAUUUUGGGUGCCAGUCAGCUGGGUUAGGUCAUAGCUUGUUACCAUGUUUAAGGGAAAGACUGUAUAAAAAUGUCCUGUAAAUACAUAAAUUAGAAAAGGGAAGUCAUUGAAUUUGCUUCAGAACUGCUGGUCUUACCUAGAAGGCAAUAAUUAAAGACUGUAUGAGGAAAGACUAAACAAUGUCACAAGCUGA